AGCGGGAUGUACAAUAAUGAUACUGUCAAUUCCUUCACUUUCUGUUUGAGUUUAGUAUUCGAAUGUCAAUAUCAUCCACCCGAGACAUAUGUGCAGCAAAUCGGGUUGCGAUUGAAGAAAUAAUUCGAACGUAGUGCUGUAGAGUUAGCCUUACUAGCACGCUAGCUAGUGUAAACAGGCAGUCAGUGCCAUACAUUAUUUCCGUGUGAGCCAGUCAUGGGUCGACGCUCAUCUAGCAGUGAGGGCGAAAGCCGGAGCAGGAAAAAGAAAAAACAGCGUCGCCGUUCCUCGUCGUCGUCUUCCUCGUCCUCGUCAUCCUCCUCCUCCGGGAGUCGGCUGACAGGUAGCCGGAGCCACAGAUCCAGCCGCCGGAGUCGCUCACGGUCCAGGGACCGAGACAGGAGGCGAAGGAGACGUUCAAGCAGCAGCUCGUCCCAGAGUUCAUCCCGUAAGAGGAGAAGUCGUAGCGGCGACAGAGGAAGGAGCCACCGCUCGCAUAGGUCACGCAGCCGGGACAGAAGGUCUCAUUCUCGCCACCGGCGGUCUCGUAGUAGAAGCACCAGCCGCAGUCGCCGUCGAAGGAGCCGAAGCAGAGACCGGACCCGCAGUCGGCAUAAAGGCCGCGAGAGGGACAAAGGACGCGAUAGGGACAAAGAAAAGGACAAAGCAGAAAAAAGGGGGGAUAGUGGGAUCAUGAAGGCAGGAUUGGAACAUCUGACACCAGCAGAGCAGGCUAAGGUUCGAAUGCAAAUGGUUCUGCAGGCUGCUGCCAAAACAGAUGAAGUUCUUAAGGCAAAAAUAGCCAAGCAACAAGAAGAGGUCCGUAAAAAGCAAGACAUGGAGGGAACUUCUCUGGAGGAGCAAGUGCGCAGGAUAAAGGACAUCGAGGCCAUCGAGAGCGACUCCUUUGUUCCACAGGCUUUCAAAUCAUCCCGGGACAACGUCAAGACUGAGCCUGUGGUGAAGCAGGAGAGCGACAGCGUAGACGUCAGUCUUCCGCUGUCCAUCGUCUACAACGACACCGACACUCUGGCUCAUCCCGCUCUCUUUAUGGACAAAGCGAAGGCUGAGGAGUUGUGGCUCAACCGACUUCAUUCACUACGCCAGGAGAGGCUCAUGGGGAGUCCUGUUGCUUAACCAGCGAACGCCAUUUUUUGUUUCAACUGUACUCACUAUCAAAUCCUUCGAAGUUGAAUUGCUUAUUUUUUCUUAGAUAGCAUUGAGUAGAAACGAAUACAAAAAUAAACCUUAGUGAAGAUAUUAUGCUAUUCUGCUGUGACUGUGCUUGUAUGCCUUGUUUAGGAAACAGAGCCAAAUUUUUAGUAUGCGACUUUAUAGUAGAUAAAAAUCCCUGUUCAGAUGAUAGGUUCUUGUGAUAUAACAAAUAGAAGCAUGGAGAAAUGUUUCCAAACUUUUUUCAUCAUUUCUGUGGCCCGUGUUAAGUUCUGUGUCUCAAUUGAAAUGAAAUACAGUACAAUAAUUAAUUUGACUGACUGCAUUCUUGCAUUUUGCCAGGUGAGGCCGCUGUUAAUAAUGCUUCAAGUACUGUACUUAACACUUUUUGAAACAUUUCCUGCAUCUCGUUCAUUGGUUUCAUUUGGUUUCAAGUUUUGAAAUGCUUAAUCUUGGGGGGUGUUAUAUACAAAUUUCAACCCCCAAAAAGCAUUUGAACAACAGCGUGGAGACUUUUGAUUUCCACUGUAUCGCGUGCCAUGCUUUGUAAACAAUCCAAAAAUAAAGAACGUUGAU